AUGGAUCCUGCUGAGCAAAUUUCUGAAGAAUGGAGUUCUCUUAGUGGAUUGUACACUGCUGAGGAAGCUGAUUUUAUGAGCCAGUUCCUUAGUAACAGCUCAAUCCCUGAGAACUUGUAUGGAAAUUUCAAUUUGGGAAUUCCAUCUGCAUUAUGGCCUGGCCAUGAAUCCACAAUAGUGAGUGUGACUGGCAGCAACAACAGCUCAUAUUUUCCAGCAAAUGCUGAUAAUAGUAAUACUAUUUUUAUUCCUUUUUCACAAGGAAGUAGCUUCACUGCUGAUGAUAGUAGCAAUAUAUUUCCUACUACAAGUGGUGAAAACUGUUUCUUGAAUGAUUCAGUAGCAAACAUUGGCUACAUGUCCAUGGGUUUUUCCUUGGGGAAUGCCAAAUUCGCCCCAUAUAGUGUUCAAGGGAAUGAUAGCCAACAGAUAGAUGAAAACACUGACGAAGAGUUAGGUCUAGAGGUUAUUGCUGACAAAAAUUUGCAGGCUCACAAAGAAUGUGAAGUACUAGUUUCUGAACCAGCAGAAGAGGAUAUAGCCAGCAACCUGGAGGAGAAGUCGGGAAAAAGAUCUAGAAGCUCAAUGGAGGUCCGGAAGAACAAGAGACAUGUUAAAUCUAUGAAGAAACCAAAAUCUGCUUUUGUAAGCAACACUGAAGAGGAUAGAAGUCAUGAUCUUCAGGGGCAGAGCUUGAGCAAUUGCCGCUCAGAUAAUGAUGACCCCAAUGCUUCUCAGGAGCUAAAUGGAGGAGGGUGUUCAAGCUUGAGUCCAAAGGAUUCUACAACUUUGAAGUUAAAGGGCAAGUCAAGAUCUAAUAGAGGUUCUGCUACUGAUCCACAGAGCGUCUAUGCAAGAAGAAGAAGAGAAAGAAUAAAUGAAAGGUUGAAAAUCCUACAAAACUUAGUCCCCAAUGGAACCAAGGUAGAUAUCAGCACCAUGCUUGAGGAAGCUGUCAUAUAUGUGAAGUUUUUACAGCUCCAAAUCAAGCUUCUGAGCUCUGAUGAUCUCUGGAUGUACGCUCCCAUUGCUUACAAUGGAAUGAACAUUGGACUAGACCUCAAUAUUACCCCAACCAAACAGCCAUAA